AUGAAUGACGGCCAACAAAUGAAAAAGAUGAAGGUAGGAACUGGUAUGGGAGCGGUAGCGUUGAAUUUUGAUGAGGAAGAGUAUGAUGAAUCACUGGAUGAAGAUUAUGAUCCAACUAAAGCGGUUGUAAAUCAGAAUGGGGCAGAAGAUGAUGACCGGAGCGAUGGAGAUGGAACGUAUCAAGACGAUGAUGAUGAACAAGAGGAGAAAUAUAACUACUCUAAGAUAGAAAGCGAAUAUGGAGGGUUGAUAAGUACGCGUGCUGCCAAGAAGCGUCAAGAUUUGGUUCAGGUUUCGAAAUAUGAGGUGCUUGAAGGCGGACAGAUUUCUCCCGAGGUGGAGAAGAUAUGGCAGGAAUUAAAAUUGCGAAGUGACGAUCGUAGUAGUAUCCGGAAAUCUAUUAUGGCUAACGAGCAGUUUGAAGAGAAUGAUGAAGAGUUAAAAGAGAAUCAACUAUUAAUUGAUAGGACCUAUAAGUUUGCAGGUGAGGUUGUAAGAGAGAAAAGGUGGGUACCGAAAUCAAGUGCAGAAGCUCAAGAAUAUUUAAGUUCGUUAAAAUUUAAACAAAAAGAUUCAAUACUUCUGCUGCCUUCAAAGGCAGGUAAGGCUAACGGUAAUCUUCAGCGCCCACUUAAAAGACCUCCCAUUUUAGAACAAAUCAUAGCUGGUUCUUUGAAACCCAAGUUAACAACGUUGGAGAAAUCGAAGCUUGACUGGGCUACUUACGUCGAUAAGGAAGGGAUUAAUGAUGAGCUUCAAUUGCAUAAUAAGGAUGGCUAUUUGGCAAAACAAGAUUUCUUAAACAAAGUACAGGGAUUUAAGGAUGAUCAGUAUAAGGAGAUGCGGAGUAACGAAUUAAAACAGAGAAUUAAAGACUAA